CGAGAUCUCAGCCAACAAAAUGGCAGGUGAUCGAUAAUUAAGUCUCUGCCUAUUUAUUGAAUGCAGAGUAAAAGAAAUUAGAUUCAUUUUAUUCUGAGAGGGAAAAAUGAUUCAGGGAACAGGUUUAGUUCAUGCUUUAAAAGUUACAAUUCAGUUCCUUUUGUCAGGCAUACUGUCAGAAAUGAUUGAUCAGGUAAAUUUUCUUCACAAUGAAAGUCGAAAGAAUUUUUUUUAUUCUAAUCAAUUUUAAUCAUUGUUAUUGUUAAUCUUUACCACCCAGAGUCAGAGUGACCAAAUUGAAAUUUAAAAGAUUCUUGUCUGUUUCGUUGAUAUAAUAUUGUCAUUAUCUAUAUACAAAACCAUACUGUAUAAAACUCUGGGUAAUCAUGGGCUAAUCCCUUCUGUCAACACUCAAAGUGUUAGGUUAAGGCUUAUUUAGUUAUUUUAGUGUGAUAAAUUCCACAAUUAACUUAAUAAAUAAUAUUAAUAUAAUUUACUUAUUUCGGUUCAGUAUUGAAAUUAUUUUAAAGUAAAAUGAUGUCUUUUUUUUCAAAUUCAACAAUGCAACCAUUAACUCUUUCGAUGCGGAACAACGCUCACUGCGUUCUUCCGCCGUUCUCAAAAGCACGGACCAACGCGCUGUGCGUUGUUUUAAUAUCAUGUUUGUUUCUUUGCUAUAUCUGGGUUAAACUUUUUAAGAGCUAUUUUUAAAUAAGACUAUUACAUAGAAAGUGUUGGACUGCAAUAAAGCUUUAAAAUAUAUUAAUAAGACACGAACAAAUUGUGUCAAUAGAACAAUAUGAGUUAGCUUUAAUAAUAAUUGUACAUUAUACAGAAUUAAACGUUUCGGCACAUGCCUUCAUCAGUACAAACAAACACAACACAUUUAAAUAAGUAUAAAUUAAAUUUACAUAAUGUCAAUAUAUAUAUCCUACCUAAAACAGAAAAAAUAUAUAGGAGAGGGCGCUUAAACCUGACAAAAACAAAGUAAAGAGAUGUAGAAAGGAAGUGAUUCAAACAUAAUUGGAAAAACCAAACAGGAAAAAGACAUGGCAGCUAAGUAAAACUAUGGAUUUGGUUCAAUCCAUAUGGAGACAACGUACCAAAUCUAGUUAUUAAUUUGUUCUCCAUAUAGAUUCUAUCUGCAGUGUUACUAGUAUAGAGUAUACCAGUAACUACAAUAUCUGAGAUACCAUUAUGGUUAGGGCUAUUGAAAUGUUUGGAGACCGGACAGAGAGCGUGUUUAUUUAUGUUAUAGAGGUGCUCUCUGAAACGGUCCCCAAGGCGACGACCUGUCUCUCCUAUGUAUAGUUUACCGCACUUUUUGCAAAUGAUGGUGUAAAUCACGUUGCGACUUGUGCAGGUAAAGCCAUCUUUUAUUCUGAAUACUCCCAGAGGGAAAGUGAUCGUAUCAGUUUCGAUCACAUAGGGACAUGUGUUGUGUUUGUUUGUACUGAUGAAGGCAUGUGCCGAAACGUUUAAUUCUGUAUAAUGUACAAUUAUUAUUAAAGCUAACUCAUAUUGUUCUAUUACAUAGAAGAGUGGUACUUCAUUGUUUACAAACAAAACCAAGGUUUAUUUGUUGUCAUUUGAACCAUUCCAUUAUUUUGACGAUUUUCUUCGCGUUUUUUUUUCCUACUGUUGCUAUGGCUGCCCUAGUAGGUAAGUUUCCUACACGAUUAACAGUUAAAAAGCAUUGGAAUUUUUUUAUACUAUUUCUUUUGAUAGUGAAGAUGAUCUAUAUUUAGAUGCAUCGCAUGAUUCCGAUAGUAGUAGUCUUAGAGGAAUUGAGUUAUAGAAGUGAAGAUGAGGUAUGCGUACAUCAUAGGGAUUGGGGAAAAAUGGUUUAGCAUAAAAUGUUUUUUUACAUUUUAUGGUUCUUUUCUGUAACUUAAUUUUAUUUAAAGUGAAGAAAAAAGUGUACAAACAUAUAGUCCUUUCAAUUACCUUUCAUUUGAUACUAAGUUUAGAAUAUAAACCAAAGAAUAAUAUUUUAAAAAUUUUAAUAAAUCCAACCUCUCACUCUUUUUCCGCUCUUCAAAAAAAAUGUACAUUUUUCCGAUAAAAAAAUUCUGAAGCGAAAGUGUUAAGCAAAUUGUAAGAGAUAAAAAAUGUAACAUUUCAUUUCAUGGUUCUUUUGUCAUUUGAUCCAAAUUGAUGGCGCCUUUGUUGGUUUGUUGUAAAGUAAAGAUAACUCUUCUAUCUUCAAAUCUUCAAACUUAAAAGAUAAGAUUUUUGUUUUAGCCCUAUUGGCUGUAUCUUGAUUUAAAUAAACAAUGUUUUGAUUUUGUUAUUACUUUAAUUAUGUCUAGGUGUCCACUGUUUCUUUCUAAACCAGUGAUCAGUGAUGGGUUGUGACGGUUUGACAAGUUUAAAUAUUUAAGUCUCUCAUAUGCUAGAUAUCUUGGAAACUUUGGGGGGGGAGGGGUGCAUCCAUGCAGGGCUGUGCGAAGGUGGUAAUCGCCCAGGGCAUCAUUAUCAGGGGGCGUAUUUUUUAUAUUGUAGGGUCUAAAGUUUCUGGCUUCAUCCAGUGUGCCAUUUUCUUUCGCACUGUUCUACAUUCAUUGAUGAAUCAUUGAUGGAAUAAAUUAUUUUUUAUGUAUUAUUUUAUUUACACAUUUUUUUUUCAUUGGGGUUCAUGUGGCACAAUGUUUGUCAAAAAUGUGUGAAGAUUUCAUUGUCAAUUUAUUGUUGGUGAUUUACAAAGAGUAAAAAAUGGGCAAAUAAUGAAACAUACAACCAUAGGGAAGUGAGAGCAAAAACAAACAGAUUUCUGAUAAAGAAAAAUGAGUCCAUCUAAUUAUAACAAUCACUACUGACACUGUCUCUCAUUUUGCUCAGGGCGAAUUGAAGUCAACUUAGGUGUCAGCUAACCAGUUAAUUCCCUUCUAUUACAUUAGAGCUAACCAACCACUUAAACCCCUUAUUUGCCAACUAUGAUUUAAUUAACAACUGUUAAAAAAAGUAUUUCUACUUGCAGAGGAAGGGGGCUGGGGAGGGGACGGUCUACCCUGUGCGGCACUAUUUUCUUUAUAUGGAGGGGCAGUAUUUUUGGCCCACUGAAGAGUUGUUAUUUUUAAUUCCGUGGUAGUGGGUGGCUUUGUGGGUAGAAACUGAUCUUCCUUUGAGCUUCUCCCCAGGUGGUGGAUAGGGGAAAGCCCACAAGAUAUGGUGGGGUACUGGGUAAAUAAAAUACCAGGGGUGGACCAAAAUCAGAACCCACUGCCCCACUGAGGGAUCCACAAAGACUAAGUAACCUUACCCCAAAAUUAAGGCAGCUACCUAGAGAGCAGUAAGGGGCAGCCCCCAGACAGUUGUGCACAGGGCUAACAACCCUAACAUGUAAAAAAAAAUAAACAAAAGCAAAAAAAUAAAACUCUGACUGAUUCUAAGGGAAAUUGACCUAUCCCUGGAUAUGGACAUGAUUUUUAGAUUGCCACUUGGAAGGUACUAAGCUUGUUUAGAGCAGGAGCCUUGGCCAAUCUAAUAGAUCAACUAAUUAAAUAUUAAAUCUCUAUAGCUGCAUUGCAAGAAAUUCAAUGGAAAAAUGCAGACAUCCUCAAGGCAAAAGACUACACUAUUUUUUAUUGUGGCUACAACAGUAACACUCUUGGAACAGGAUUUGCUGUGAAAAAAGAAAGCAGUUGGUGUAGACAUACGUUUUAAACCAGAGAAUGAAAGAUUGUGUUUUUUGCAUGUGUAAGGAAAAAUUUUAAUAUAACAUUUAUAAAUGUUCAUCCUCCCAUCGAAGAACAAAAGGUCAGAUAAAAUAAUUCUUUUAUGAGACACUGGAAAAGAUCUAUCAGACACCAUGACAUGCUAUUAAAAUAGUGAUUGGCUGCUUUAAUGACAAAAUAGGGAAAGAAAAAGUGAUUAUGCCAACUUUUGGCAAGGAGAGUCUACAUGAAGAAUCCAAUGACAAUGGGAUCCGACUCACGAACUUUGUUUCAGGAGAAGGGAUGACAGUCAGCAGCAUCAAGUUUCCACACAAUAAUAUACAUAAAGUUACUUGAAACUCACCAGAUGGCAUCACUAACAACCAAAUUGACCAUGUUCUAAUUAAUUGGAGGUAUGGAUCAGACAUAAUAGAAGUAAGAAGCUAUUGAGGAGCAGAUGCAGACUAUGUCCAUCUACUUGUAUGAGCAGAGAAUAAGCACAGUUCACAAUGGCCGAAUUGAAAGAGGAAAAUUAUAACAUUUCCUAAAACUUAUGAAAGACCCACUAACUGCAAAAGCUUACCACAAUGAAGUAGAAACACAGGUAGAAACAUCACAGGAGGAAAUAAACAAGGAAAACAACAUUAAUGAACAGUGGGAUACAAUAAAACUUGUUAUGAAAAGAUCAUCAGUGAAAGUAGUAGGAUUUCAGCAACCAUCAGUGAGUAGGCUAGUUUGGUAUUGAAUGCAGAGAGACUGUAGUAGAAAGGAACAAGGCAACAAUGACUGUGAUACAUAGGGAAACCAGAAAGACAAGACAAAUAUAAAAUGAACCCUGAAGAAAAGCCACAAAAAUGUUUAGGAAGAAAAAAAGGGAAUGCUAAACUAAGAGAAAUAGACGACUUAUCAAGAUAAGGAAACAUUAGAGGAAUGUACAUGAAGAUAAAAGACCAAAAGAAUAGAUACUUUGCCAGACCUCAAAUGUGUGAGAGCAAUGAUGGAAAAUUAAUUAUUGAAGAUAGUAAAGUACUGGAGAUGUGGGCUGAAUAUUUUGAGGGCAUACUAAUUGCAGACAAUAGACAAGAAGAAGAUUAUCAACCCCCACAUGGAGGACCAGGCCCUUUAAUUUUGAUAAACUCCCCAACUUUGGAAAAGACUACAGAAGUGAUCAAUUGUAUGAAAGACCACAAAGCCCUUGGAGAAGACCUCAUAACAGCAGAACUUUUUAAAUAUGGAAGAAGGAACUUCACACUCAGACACAUAAACUUAUAACUAAAAUUUGACCAAAAGAGAAAAUGCCAACAAAAUGGGUAACAGCACUAAAAAAAACCAAAUACACAAGAAAAGUUCCAAACUUCAAUACACAAAAUACAGAUGAAUUUCCCUAAUAAAUGUUACAUAGAAAAUACUGACAAAACUAAUUGCCGAAAGACUACGCCUGUACUCUGAACAAAUGCUAGGUGAUUACCAAUGUGGAUACAGACAAAACAGAUCAACAACUGUUCAGAUUUUCACCAUUAGAUGCAUAUUAGUAUUAGAGAAAUGCUACAAAUAUAAUAUCCCAGUAUAUCAACUCUAUGUGGACUAUAAAAUGGCCAAUGACAGCGUUUAAAGAAAAUAUCUAUAUGAGACUCUGCAGGAGUUUUGCACUUCCAAAAAACUGAUAAGACUGAUACAUUAAACAACUCAAAAAGAAAAUCAAGUUUCAGGGAGUAUAUUCAAUGGUAUCAGAUUAGACAAGGAGACUUGCUGUCUUGUAUGCGAUUUAACAUUGCUGGCAUCUGUCCGUCACAAUCUGACGAUGGUGGAGACAAAGUCUACAAGGCCUGGGAUUAUUCUUUUUAGGAUUAUAAGCUGGUUCCUUACACAGCAAGUCGUCUCGCACCACGCCAUUGGAAAACCCAAGGAAACAUGAUGUGUAUGUUGUCCGAAUGUUUCAUUGUGCCAAUGUUAUCUGCCUACGGGACUCCAUUUCCGGGUUUUGUAUUCAGAGUUUCCUUCUCUUAGAUGAGUUGCCAUCCAAGGUUAACGAGUCCCAUUCACCUUGGGAGUUGAUGAUGUUUGUGCUUGACUGUGCUUUGGUGGGGAUUGAACUUUAGAGAGAGUGAAAAAAAAUAUACAUAUUAACACCAGAGGAACAAUGUCAUGAUACUUUCAGGGGAAAACCCAAGACUCAAAACCAACAGGCACUCUACACAACCAGCCACUUCAGUAUCUUGCAUAUGCUGAUGUCAUAGCACUGUUAGGGCAAAGUAGUAAAGACAUAUCAAAAGCCUUUAUUGAAUUAGAAGAUGCAUCUCUACAAGCAGGGCUUCAAGUUAACAACCAAGCAACUAAUUACAUGACUAUGUAUAGAGAAGAACAGACAGAUGAAACUAUUAAAACUUGGAACCACACUUUUAAAAAAGUAAAUCAAUUCAAAUAUCUAAGGUUCUUUAGAAAUUAAUUAAUGACAGAAAUAAAAUGAAAAAAAAAAAGGCAUUCUUCAGUAGUCAGAAAAUACCCAAAAGUUAAAACAUUUCAAAAAGUAAAUAAAACCAAAGAAAGUUAUAUAUAAAACUGUAAUUAGACUAGUUGUAACAUACACAAGUGAAACUUGGAUCCUAACAAAAACAGCAGAAAACCUAUUGGAAACAUGGGAGAGAAAAGUUCUCUGGUAAAUGUAUGAAACAACAAAGGAUUAACAUGGAUGGAGAAUACAAACCAACCAAGAAAAGUUUGUGAAGUCUUGACCUUGAAUGCCGUCUGUAUGAACCCUGCCUAGGCUAGAGUCAUGAUAACUAAUAGAGUUUGUAGUCCGUUUUGAUUACUAUUUUAGUUAGUACUGAAAGCUUAAGGCACAGUAAGGUCUUAGUUGUAAAGAUACAAAUGAUUAGCAUCCACCUUAAAAUAGUUCAUUUUAUUUUUAGUCUGCAUAGGCUGUUGGGCUCAUUAAGUUAUGAAUUUUAUUGUAUACCUAGUUGUUAUUUUAAAAUAGCAAUUGACUGAAUUUGACACUUGAUAAUAAGUUGACUCCUUUCUGUCACUGCUCCCAACUUCCAUUAUAUAUUUGUAGCUUAAACAAUGGAAAAUUGUGUUUAUGAUGCCAAUAUUUCUUUUAAAAUUAAUGCUUUAUUCUAAAUAUAACUGAUUAUUCACAUUUUUUCUGAUUCUUUGAGCACAGAAGUAAUCAGCAAGUCCAGUUGUGAAAAGUAUGGGGGAAAGACAGCAAGAUCCAUUACAAUCACAAUAAGCAGAGCAUUCCAGACCCAUGACAUCAAUGUUCAAGUGGGAAAAGGACAAUUUUGGGGAAUUUGUUGCCAUUGAAGAUUAUUUCAUUGGUUACUGCAUCAUUAACUUUCUAAUGUUGAGACAGGAUUUAAACAUAGACUGUAAAUGCCGUCAGUAGAGUCAGUAGAAAUCAUUUGAUGCCAGUCUGUUUUCACAUUGCAAGUUAAGAUUAGUUUAACAAAAUUUCUGGUCCAAAUAAAUACCAAAAGUUGAAUGUGCACCCACAUUUCAUUAUUAGUCUAAUUUCAUUAUUGAAACAACAGUUGUUUGAUCAUGGCCGGGUUUAUUGUCAUGAUACUCUUACUGGUAACAAUUUUGUCAUGUGACUCUGGAGCUCUGUCAUUGAUAGAAAAAUCUGAUGAUGAGGCUAACAUCACAAUAGGCUCUGUUUUGUUGGACAGUCCCGAUGUGUCGGCCGUCAUGCCUAAUGACCAAGGAGUUGUUGCAGGUAUUUUAUGAAAAAUGAAGCUUAUAUUAUAGUGUUACUUAAAAUGUUAAAAUAAAAAAAAUGCGAUUCUUUGUUUCUAUACAAUUAAAUGUCGCAUUAAAUUUUGAAGCUGCAGUUCAACACCGUCACAAUAGGAAUUUAAAAUAUACACGGGCUGCCUUUCAAUUUAUUUUCUCCCUUACACUUAUUAAAUUAUCAGCUACUUUACCAUGAUGCACGCAAUAUUGAUUGAAAUUAAAUAUUUAACCUGGGGGUAAACAUCGAAGCAGAAUUAAUCCUUUUAUAUGCAUCCUACUUUUAUAUUUCUUACUUCAGAUGACUCCAAGAGUACAGGGUGCUACGACUGGCAAGGAAAGUUUGUAUCCGUCAAUGAAAAAUAUGUUCCUCAUAAGUCUGACAUGUGCACCCAGUGCAUCUGUGAAAAACAUUUUCCAAUUAGGUGUGUGGCAGUCGCCUGUUCACCCCCUCAAAGCUGUGCAAAACCAGAGUUGGUGAAGGGAGCAUGCUGUGAAUAUGUUUGCAUCAAUGAUGGUGUCUCAACUGGGGAAAAUGCCACAGAUAAUGGAAGCAACAACAAGAAAGGUCAGAUUAUUCAUUAAAUCAAAAGAUCCUAAUCCAAUACCAAAUUUACCAAUAAAACUAUCUAACUUGAUUUAUGGGUCAGUUGACAGAGGCACUAUUAGUCCAAUAAAACUUAUUUGUAAGGAAACAAAGGUUUGAAAAAAAUCCUAAUAUAUCGUUUGACUGAUCGAUAGUAUGACUGGUCCAUAGUAUGACUGAUCUUGCUUGAAACUUGAGGGAAACGGCUGCUUUUAAGUUGGAAAAAAUGAAAAUUUACUUCCUACUUAAUCUUGGAUUGUUCACUUUGCUGAAUAUUAUAUACAUACUAAAAUGAGCCUUAUUUCUUUCCUCAUUUGAAAUAUGUUGUUAACCCAAUCUCACAUCUUGUCUACAGAUGAAGGGGAAAGCAUAACAAAUUUAUCGCUGCGACUUAUAGCCUCGACUGUUACAUCAUUUCUUGUACUUGCCUUGUUGCUGUUCAUGGUGCAUCGUCUGAGGCAGAGACGUCUGUUGUUGGCCAUGAGAAG